AUGUCUCUGCUUCUAAGACGGCUCUCGAGGCUCCGCCUUGGUAAACCUUUGUUGGUAAGAUACUCGGUUAUUCUUUCUAAUGGCUUCUCAUCAUCCUCGCUGCAAACUCCUCCUUGUUCAAUCGUCAGCGCUUAUCCUUGUGGAGUGGAUCUCGGAAAACUCAUGAUUAUGAAUGCUAAUGAGCGUUACUGCACUACUUUGGAAAAGAAGGUACCCCUGGAGUUGGUGCAUAGUGAUCCCAUGGUGACGAUAGGGGCAUCUCAUGGCUGGGUAGCUACUUUGAAGGACGACGGAAUCGUGUGUCUCCAAGAUGAUCUAAACCCAUAUGCAUCAUCGUAUACAGACCCUAAACGCAUAUCUCUGCCUCCGCUUGUAACUCUGCCUCGUUGCCAAACCCAAAUCGCGACCAACGUGGCCAUGUCCUCAUCUUCUCCGGAGGAUGAAGACUGCAUUGUGGCUGUCAAGUUCUUGGGACCUCAACUCAGCUUUUGUAGACCCGCUCAAAGUCGUUCCGAGUGGAUCAACAUCAGAAUCGAAAAUCCCUGCUUCUACUCCUCCCCUGUCAUGUAUUCCAAGCAAGAUGAGAUGUUUCGCAUUCCCGGAUCUGGAGGCCAUCUCAUAGGAUCAUGGGAUCCUCGCACGCACAAGCACCAACCAAAGUUUCAGAGGUUACGAUUUCAAAAGUUUCCUGAGCUGACCAAGAGCAAACGGGAGCUUUUGCUUUCCUGUUGCACGAGUGAACACUUGGUGGAGUCGCGACCCACUGGUGAAAUGUUCUUGGUUAAGUUGAACAAGAAGACCACUGCCAGUGGUAUGAAGAAAAUGAAAACGAAAUUGGUGAUGGUCUUCAAGCUUGACGAAGAAGGAAACGCUCUUUACACCGAAGACAUUGGAGAUCUCCGCAUUUUCCUUUCAAAGUCUGAACCUUUUUGUGUCCUUGCUUCUUCCUUUCCUGGCAUGGGCUCUAACCGCAUGGAAGUUUUGGAUAUCGAAGAAAGUAUCUCUGUUUUUCUGUGUGGUUCUUCCAUCAUAAGUAAAUUUUGUACCCACGGGGCACCCUACCAUAUCCCACCUCAAAAUAUAGACUAG